AAGCACAAGUUCAUGUGGUUUCAUAUAAAUAUACUCAUAACAGUGAAAUACAGUAGUAUUAAUGAAGAAUGUAUAUGUGAACAGUGGUUUUAUCUGGUGAAUUUGCCAUUUAAAGGCAUCUGAAUUAUGUCGGUAUGCCACUGGAACCUGGUGUCCAAGCACACAUUUCUUUAGGUCGGUGACGUAAGAAUGUUUUUUGAUGGCUGUUCACUGCACACUUUCAGACCGAAGCAAGGGAAAUAUUGACGCAGUUUCGUCUGUGCUUCCUAAGGACCUAUCAGGCUGAGACAAGCACUCGUGCGAGAGAACUGUGUUUUAUUGUAGACGUCCCUGAACAGAAAUUGCUAUUACACGAUUAUUUGGUCUCUCAUUCAUCAUUGAGUUAUUUUUCUUUCUUUUUUUUGAUCUUACUGUUCAUUUGAAGGUAUUUUCAUAUCCUCUGCAACGUGAAGGUAUCCGCAUAGCUGUAAUGGAAAAGGUGAGUGUCAAGUUACUUCUUGUCUUAAUGUCUGUCUCAUAUACAUGAAGAUUUUCAUAAAGCUUUAGCAACUUCACAUGAAACUUAUAUGUUCAAUUCGCGGCAUUAUAUUAUAGUGUAUUUCCACUGUAUCAUCCAUUUAUAUAUAAAACACACACAUAUAAAAUGCUUCUAUAUUACAUAUUAAUACAAUAUGUAAAAGGUUGUAAAAAUUAUUUUUAUUUUUCGCUAAGCUGCAAAGUUCAAUUCAGCACAGUUACAAAAUGACCGUGGAAAUUUCCUGAAAGAAUUGUAUUUUAUUCUCUUGACUUCCUCAAACUUAUAAUUCUGUACUGAUGUUUAACCUGCACAGUUGGUCACCAAAGUGCUUCUAUUUUUCAGUAAUUGGGAAGAUUCAUGUGCAGAUGGAUUCAUUAAAUAACAUCUCAAUUCAGAAUAUUAGCGCCAGCACUUUAGAGAUGGUGACCAGCCCCAUCCUGACACGUGCCUUCCUGCCCUUUCAGAUGGUCUACCACUUCCAGGGCAAUGACUGGCCAUUUGGAAGGAUUAUGUGUAGCAUCUCCACCAUUGUCUUCUACUGCAACAUGAAUGGCUCCAUCCUGACCACCUGUGCCAUUAGCCUGGAGCGCUACUUGGCCAUUGUGUACCCGCUGCGCUCGAGACACUAUAGGACAACCAGGAACGCCCUUCUGGUUUGUGUGUUCAUCUGGACCUUAGUGCUAUCAGUCCAGGUGCCUGUGCUGUACAAAGACAUCACCUUCCGAGUCCACCAGCUCAAUGUCACCACGUGCUUUGACAUUCUGCCAAAAGGCCUGUUCAGUCACAUGACCCUGGCGUUCCUCUACUUUGGUGCCUUGCUUUUGUUCUUCUUCAUGGUCCCUCUCCUUGUACUGGUCGGCUCCUAUGCCUCCAUCCUGAAGACGCUUUGCAGCUCACGGCACAGAGACACGUGGCAGUCAAAGAACCAAACCAUUGGUCUCAUUGUGGUUGUGAUGCUCUGCUUUGUUUCAUGUUACCUGCCAAACAUCCUGCUUCAGACUUUACACCUAGUCUACUUUGCCUAUGGGAGGAGUUUGUAUGUUUAUUACAAACUUUCUCUGGGCCUCAAUAGUUUAAGUUGCUGCAUUGACCCAUUUAUCUAUUACUUUGCUUCAAGGGAAUUUCGACAGAAACUUCAUAGGAAACUCCUCUGUUGGUCACAUGAUGAAGCAACAACUGAAGCAAGAAUUGAUUUGACAGAUCUGAGGAAUACAACUGGGGAAACUUCAGAUAGACACAGGAUGCUGUAAAGCAUCGAAUAUCAUAUACCU